UUUGAAGUUUAGGUCUUAUAUGAAUAACGAUUUUAUUUUCGAUAGUCCUGAUAGUGUUACAAGAUUAAAUGAAUCUCUAAUUGUUGUAAAACCUUAAAUAGAUCAUGAUAUUGUUAGUGUAUCGUAUCAACGUGCUAUAAUAGUCUAGAGUUCAAGGCGAUGGUCUCUUUUUUUUCAAAGAAUUGAAAAAAGGGAUUGAAUACGUAAUUCAAUUUUGUAUAGAUAACAUGCCUGAACUGAGUGAGAUCAUAUCCGGAAAGAGAGAGUGUAAUACCAAGGCAAUAUAUAACAUCAAGCAAUAUCGGACGUAUUUUCUAGGACAUAAGCUAUAAUUUUAGGAGCCAAAAAUAGAUUUGUGUCUGUUGUGUAAUCUGUGAGUUGGGAUUUUGUUUUGUUGCAUAGGAUAAGGGAGAGGGGAAAAAAAAAGUUGUAAAAUAUUAUAAUAAAAAAAAUCUACAAAAACCCCCCGAAAAGUUGUGGCUGCAAUCUGCCUAUUAGUCCUUGACAGUGGCAACCCCACUCACCUUAACCAAUCACCUUCAUAAUUCUUUUGUCCCUCUUCUUCUUUUCCUUUGUCAAGUGUCGAAAGUUUCUUACUUGUUAAAAGAAAAAAAAACCCAUUUAAUUUUUAGUGUUGUUUGCAAGAAUUAAUGUUAAAUCCUGGGAGGAAACAAGAUUCACCACGUUACUAGGAGCAUUAAUUUCGUAGUCACACUGUGAUAACAGUACACUUAAGCGACUUUUCUUUACUUAGUUGGUUUCCUUAUAAAGAUAUAAUCUUGUUUCUUAUGGUCUGAAAUCGAGAAUAGUUUAAAAAGAUAAGAUUUUGAUGUAAAUCACCCGCAGCCCACCAAGGGAAAGUUGACAUAUUAUGGUUUGGAGAUAGGAGAGAGAGUGAUUGAAAAAGUUACUUUUUUUGGGUGAUUGUGUGUGUGUGUGUGUUUUUUUUUUCAUUUCUGGAGAUGUCUGGUGGGGGAUGCAGUAUUGUUUGGUUCAGAAGGGAUCUGAGGGUUGAAGACAACCCUGCUUUAGCCGCCGGAGUUAGGUCCGGUGCGGUGAUUGCGUUGUUUGUUUGGGCACCGGAGGAAGAGGGACAUUAUUAUCCGGGAAGGGUAUCAAGAUGGUGGCUGAAACAGAGUUUGGCACAUCUUGAUUCUUCUUUGAGGAGCCUUGGCACUGCUCUUGUCACUAAGAGAUCUACUGAUACCAUUUCUUCCCUCCUUGAAGUUAUCAAAUCCACUGGGGCUACUCAGCUGUUCUUCAAUCAUUUAUAUGACCCCAUGUCACUUGUUCGUGAUCAUCGUGCAAAGGAGGUUUUAACAGCACAAGGUGUAAUUGUGCGCUCCUUCAACGCAGACCUGCUUUAUGAACCUUGGGAAAUCCAUGAUGAGGACGGUCGUCCAUUUACAACUUUCGAUGCUUUCUGGGAAAGAUGUCUUAGCAUGCCGUUUGAUCCUGAGUCUCCGCUUCUUCCACCUAAAAGAAUAAUCUCUGGAGAUGUAUCAAAGUGCCCUUCAGAUCAAUUAAUAUUUGAAGACGAGUCAGAAAAAGGAAGCAAUGCUCUCCUUGCUCGGGCAUGGUCACCUGGAUGGAGCAAUGCUGACAAGGCCCUUACUGCUUUCAUUAAUGGAGCAUUAAUCGAGUACUCAAAGAAUCGCCGUAAAGCUGAUAGUGCUACUACAUCAUUUCUUUCUCCCCACUUACAUUUCGGGGAAGUCAGUGUAAGGAAGGUUUUCCAUCUUGUUCGCAUCAAACAAGUUUUAUGGGCUAAUGAGGGUAACAGAGCUGGCGAGGAGAGUGUCAAUCUGUUCCUCAAGUCUAUUGGUCUCAGAGAGUAUUCAAGGUACAUGAGCUUCAAUCAUCCUUAUAGCCAUGAAAGGCCACUGCUUGGUCACCUAAGGUAUUUCCCUUGGGUAGUUGAUGAGAGUCUCUUUAAAGCAUGGCGACAAGGUCGGACUGGUUAUCCUUUGGUGGAUGCUGGUAUGAGAGAGCUAUGGGCAACAGGCUGGCUACAUGAUCGAAUACGAGUGGUAGUUUCUAGCUUUUUUGUGAAAGUUUUGCAACUUCCCUGGAGGUGGGGAAUGAAAUAUUUCUGGGACACCCUACUUGAUGCGGAUCUUGAGAGUGAUGCUCUCGGUUGGCAAUACAUCUCUGGUACUCUCCCUGAUAGUCGUGAGUUUGACCGCAUUGAUAAUCCACAGUUUGAGGGAUACAAGUGUGAUCCUAAUGGCGAAUAUGUUCGACGAUGGCUUCCUGAGCUUGCCAGACUACCGACCGAGUGGAUACAUCAUCCUUGGAAUGCACCAGAAUCUGUUCUCCAAGCUGCUGGAAUUGAACUAGGUUCCAAUUAUCCUCUCCCAAUUGUUGAAAUUGAUGCAGCAAAGGAAAGAUUGCAAGAGGCACUGAUGCAAAUGUGGCAGCUUGAAGCGGCAUCGAGAGCUGCAACUGAAAAUGGAAUGGAAGAAGGACUUGGCGACUCUGAAUCAGCUCCCAUUGCCUUUCCUCAGGACAUGCAAGUGGAAAUAGAUCGUGGACCUGUUAGAACCAAUCCUACCACCACAACAAUUCGGCGUUAUGAAGAUCAGAUGGUACCAAGCAUAACUUCAUCGUUAGUGAGAAGUGAAGCGUAUGAAACUUCAAUAGAUCUCAGAAAUUCUGCAGAAAACAGUAGAGCAGAAGUACCAAGAACUUUUAACCUAACUGAACCACCUGCUAGAGGAGCAAUACACACCCCAGCCGCUCCAACAGUUGUGAGUAACAAUACGUUUCCAGUAGGAAGAAGAAACUCUCUAGACUCAACUGCAGAAUCUUCUAGCAGUGGUAGGGGAGGAAGGGAUGGGGGCAUUGUUCCAGUUUGGUCUCCUUCUAGUUCAACCUUUUCUGAUCCGUUUGCUGCAGAAGAUAAUGGGAUGGGGACCAGUACUUACUUGCAAAGGCAUCCACAGUCUCAUGAACUAAUGAACUGGAGAGGGCUUCCUCAAACUGGGUAAGUUGUGCAUGCAAGUGGUCCGUGAUUUUGUUGCUACUUUUAGCUAUAUCCAAUCACUCGUAUAGAUUAUAUAAUUUGUUCAGUAGCCAUGUUUUUGUAGUCUUUAACCUUUAUCAUUUCAAACAGUUUUGGAAACUUAACAAGUUGAAAAAUUAAUUUGUGCAACUCUCUUGCAUUUUUUGUCUGCGUACCAAAGCAAUCUUAGGUUUUGUUUAUGGAAUAACUCUCAGUUGCUUAUGUUUAAUAUAGGCUGGCUUGAUAUUUAUGUUUCCUUUUAGUAUCUGGAUGGCAUUACUAAAAUUGCUUAACUUUGCUGCUGGAGUUUGUUCUGCAUCUCAUUGAAGCUAUUUAACUGGCUGCAAAUAAGUUGUUCUCAUUGGUUUAGUGAUCCUGUGAUCACUAACAGCAUCAUCAUUAGUAUUUACUACCUAACAAUUCAGUCAAUUUAACCUUUUUUCUGUGAAAGAAAUGCAUUUUCCAAGUAUCACCUUCAUUUUCCUGCUUCUUCUCUAUCAUCAAAGAUUCAAACAUUCAAGUUCUUACUCUUGAUUGCCAAUGCAAACAGGUGACUGUAUUAGGAACACCAACUAUGAAUCUGCUCCCUGGCUGCUGUUCCCUCUCAGAGUAAAAAAGUAGCUUCAGGUUACUGCACCCAUACUAAACGACUUUUCUUCUCUUGACACAACCAGUUGCCGAUUUCUGUUCAGAGAUGAGAAUCCCUACAUUUCCUUGGUGCUCCUGUAUAGUGUAUUAUAUUGUUGGAAACCGCAUUUAAAUCCUAGGAUAGGGUUAAUGUUGUAAUGAUGGUGCGAUUUAGAAACUCAGAGCUCCUGGUUUUCGUUCAGUAGUAGGUUAGAUGUUAUAAUAGCCAAUAAUGUUGAUCUUCUUCAUCUUGAACCCCUCCCCUUUUUCCCCUUCUUGUUAAUUAAUCUAAUAACCACAUGAAUCAAUGCGGUAUCUUGAUGCACGCCAGCAUGAUACUUGUUUGUGGAGGCGUGCAUUGUUACUUAUAAUUUUGACAAUGAGUGGUUAAUGUCACAUUGAAUGUAAUUCUGCCUGGUAUCUUUGUACAUACAAAAUGAGACCUAUAAAGUUGUGUUUCUCUUCAUUCAUUGAUGUACCUCUGUUCCCUUUGUGAUGUGAGUCCAUGGACUAGGAAUACAUUGCUGGCUUGGAAUUUAGGGCCUCUUUCCUUGAGGGCAUGAUGAAAUGUUUGCAGGCUGUCUAAUUGCAAUUGGGCUUUUCUGCUAUGCAAUUUGCAGUCCAUAAUAAGUUUCCUAGAAUUCUGCUUCUGGAUUAGGACAAUCUCGUAUAUUGGAUGGGGAAGCUGGUAAUCCACUGUCCCUGGUGGUUGCGAAUGACCCCUCCGACCUCCGCAGCUCUUUUUGCGGGUGUCCCAUGGCGGCGGGCUCCGAUUGGAAUCUUCUGUAUUAUUUGGUUGAAUCAGUGGCUUCUUGUAUAAUAAACUUAAAAUGUCAAAAACUAUCUAGGUGGACCGGGUGAGUUUCUUUUUUUACCUUGGAGUUGGACAGUCUGUACCUAUAGGCUACAGCGUUGGGCCACUGUCCGAGCCCGAUCAACAACAAACACAUCCAAUCUUAUAUUGUUUCCAUUUUCCAG